AUAAUGACGGUGCCUGGUGACAAUCUAUCUCUUGUAUGGGAUGAUUUGAAGAGUGGCAUCGAUGAUAUAUUUCGGCUAGAAACAAUAAAAAAGAGUAGAUAUAUGAAGCUCUACACACACGUCUAUAAUUAUUGUACAUUCGUUGAACCUCAGCAUCGUCCUAAUGUUGGCAAAAACACGAUGGAGGCUCCCGGUGGAAAGCUAGUUGGGAUGGAGCUGUACAAAAAGCUGAGGGAUUAUUUGAAACAACACAAAGGAGAUAAUCUUGUUGGAGGAGAAAUGCUUUCGUACUUCGAAAAGGCCUGGUCAGAUUUUCGCUUUGCUGCUAGCGUCCUAAAUGGUGCAUGCGCCUACUUAAAUCGUAACUGGGUAAAAAGAGAGUGUGAAGAAGGUCGAAAAAACGUAUACGUGGUUUAUGCACUUGCGCUCAUUACUUGGAGAGAACACCUUCUAAAGCCACAUAGCCGUGUUCUUAUUGGUGCAGUCCUAAGGGAAAUUGAGCGGGAGCGCAUGGGUGAAUCUCUUUCAACAUUACGGCUAAGGAAGAUAAUUGAAUGUCUAGUUGAAUUAGGUAUAACUUCUUCGGAUCAGCAGCAUACAUUCAACCACAACUCCAAUUUAUCAAGCUCUCCGUCUAUGCAUCCACCGCUUGCAUCUUGCCAAGCUGGUUCAGGACCGACUGGAAUUCCAUCGCAUGGCCAACUUCAGCCAACUAGCCUUCUACCUUCUUCC